AUGGGAAAUUUUUGCUCAGGACAUGAAAAGAAGAAAAAGAUCUCUCGACAUCAAAAGAGAAAACAAUUCAUAUCUGAGGGUGGAGGAGGUGGUGGUGGAGGAGAUAAUGAAGGAGGUGAUGGUGGAGGAGAUAAUGGUGGAGAUGGAACUGAUGGUGAUCAUCUUGGAGGACAUGGAACUGAUGGUGCUCAUCAUGGAGGACAUGGAACUGAUGGUGGUCAUAUAGGAGGACAUGGAACUGAUGGUGGUCAUCACGGAGGGCAUGGAACUGAUGGUGGUCACCAUGGAGGACAUGCAGGCGGACAUGGUGGACAUGUUGAACAUGGAGGGGGACAUGUUGGGCAUGGUGGUGAUCAUGGCGGUGGAGGUGGAGGUGGCGGUGGCGGUGGAGGUGGCUUCUGA